UUCAUUUCCUCAGGAGCGGCCCCUCUGUGUCUCCGAAGGCAUCAUGGCUGCAGAAUACUGGGACCUGCUGGCCUGCGCCGUGUGUCUGGAAGCCCCUAGUGCCCCCGUCUCUCUGCCCUGUGGGCACACGUUCUGUAAAGAGUGCAUUAACCGCUGCUGGGACCACUCUGGCGUGUGCAGCUGCCCCCAAUGCCGGCGGACGUUCACCCCGAGGCCUACUCUGCUGGAAAAGUCCAUGAAGGCACCGUGCCCGGGCGACGAGGGGCCCGGUGGCCAUCCUGGAGGAACCUUUGGAAGCAUGAAGCACUUUCUCACCCGCCUGGCGUCUUUCUGCGAAGCCCACCUCCAGCCGCACUACGAGAAGGAUCUGUUCAGGAAUCCCACUGCCUGCCAAUCGGGGGGACACAAAGAGAUGGACCCUUGUGGGAGUCCUGAGGGGGCCACAGCUGGCGUUCAGGCGCCACCCCAAGUAUCCAUCCCAGAUAUCCACCAGAUGAUCCACGAAAAGCGCCUGCAACUGGAGAAAACCCGCCGAGUCAUGGAGACCAUUAAGACGUCGGCGGAUAGAGAAGUGCAGGAAACUGAGAGGAGCUUUGCCGAGCUGGUCAGCUGUGCGGAGGACGCCAAGGUAAAGGUGACCGCCUGGAUCCGAGAGCGGGCCAGGAGAGAAGUCGGAAAAGCCGAAGCUGUCAUGGACGGGCUGGAGAAGGAGAUCAAGGAGCUGGAGAGGGGGGACGUGACGGGGGUCGGCCGCCACCUCCCCGUUCAGAGAAGCUCCUCUGUCUCAGCCCCUCAUGGAGAUGAAAAGUCGCUCAACAUGGCUCUCCAUACGGACAUCCCGUGUGCGGCUCUGAGGGAGGACCUGUCGCAUCUGAGAGAGCGUCUGGAGGAGAUCAUUGCAGGGUGGACUACUGGAAUCCCAAACACAGUGACAGAAGUCCCCUCGUCUGAGCCGAUGACCCCUGAGCCUCGGAGCGGGGCAGACGUUCGAGUCGUGAUGGAAGUUCCAACGUCUGUGCCAACGCCUCGUGAGCUGCGGAGCAGGGCUGACUUCAUAACUUACUCCUGUCUACUCAAACUGGACCAAAGCACGGCCAACGAUCACCUGCAGGUGGCUGAGAGAAACCGCAGCGUGGUGUGGCGUGGAGAGAGCCACUCCUGCCCUGACCACCCCACCAGGUUUGACCGCUACCUGCAGGUCCUCUGUCUGGAGCCCCUGACUGGGCCACACAGCUACUGGGAGGUGGAGCGGCAGGGCAGAGGGGCAGCCAUCGCUGUGGCCUAUAAAACAAUCAGCAGGAAAGGAUGGAGCUCGGCCUGUCGCCUGGGAGGCAAUCGAAAGUCCUGGAGUUUACUCUGCCUGGAUUCUACUUAUGCUGCGUGGCACGAUAACCAGGAGACUGAAAUUAUUGCCCCCCGCUGUUCUAGAAUAGGGGUUUAUGUGGACCACCACAGUGGCACACUUGCAUUUUACAGCAUCUCAGACACCAUGACGAUACUGCACAGGUUCCAGGCCAGCUUCACGGAGCCCCUGUACCCAGCGUUCGGAGUUUAUCGAGGCUCCAGUGUGACUAUUAGCCAGCUGGUAAGUGCUGAGCAGUAGGUGACCAGUGGGCAGAUUGUCCAAAUAUCUGGUGAUCACCAGAGUCAUUGGUGCAUGGACGCACCACAGAAGCCUGGUCAACUUCUAAACGUGAGACGCCAUCCUCGGUGAGCGGUCUCCUCGUACAUCUGGUGGACUGGUAGGGGCGGAGCUUCUUUUGUCUCGUUGCCCUCAAGGGGCAGUUGGGGAGGAAGGAAACAAGACUGUUAGCAGCAGCAGCAGCGCCCCCCCGUCUUCAUGAGGUGGUAUUACUUCCUUAAGGCGAAGAUGACCUGUAAUGUGACAGGCAUGUCCGACCAACAUCUAGCACAUCACCACGAUAAAAUACAGAACU